AAACCCAAAUAAUCGACCGUUGAAUCCAAUAAUCCUCAAACGGUCACAUUCAACAACCCUCUCUCUUUCUCUGCCCACACCAAGCCCACACCUCAAAAUCUAUAAAAUGUCUUCAUUCAUUAAUUUCUUCAAACACCUGUGUUGUUGUGUAAAAUCAUUCAACAACUCAAUGGAGAAAAUUCUAGAAUCCCCUCCCAAAACUCUCACAAUUCAAACAGAAAACUCCAUUCCAGACCAAAACACACCCCCUCCAAAUCAGAAAUCUCAGACUCCUCCUAUCUGCAAUUCUGGCAAAGCCGGCACCCCUGACCGACUUAAGGUUCCCAAGGCAUUCAAAUACCAGGAAAAGUAUACAAGUCCAACUGAUAGACUGAUGUCCCCUGUUACGAGAGUUCUUCUUGCUAGAAGUAAAAAGGGCAGCAAGAUCUUACCACCCUCUACAAAUCAGCCCAAGAUUCAAGCCCUAAAACUUCAGGAUGUGGGUUCAUUCCAAGAUUGAAGUGUUCAUUAGAUGAGCUAAUGAUUCUUGAUUUUGUUAUUUGUUUGGGGGAUUGGUGAGGUGGGUGGACUAAGUGGGGUUUUUAGAACUAUUGAUGCAUAAACACAGUUUCUAUUGUGUAAUUACAUGUUUUAUACACAAUGAGCAAGAUUUUAACUUA